AUGUUCAGAAUCAUAUCUUCCAACGCCCAGCUGACUUUCAGGCCGGUGUUGUUGCUGAAAGUCAGAAGUAAUAAGGGGACCUUGAGCUUGCCCUCGACAUCCAAUGCUCUUCAAGCCAAUAAUAAUGUUGGUGGCAUGCCAGGCUACCCUGCCGCUGCUCCGAUGUUCACCAGGUCCAACUCUGCUUCGACCACGGCAAACAAUGCUGGUGGUAUGGGGUAUACUAAUGUUUACACUCCAAGACUCGAUGAACAUUUAAUGUAUGACUCUCCAAGUUCCAAUGCCGAUGCUGGUUAUAAGUUGAAAAAAUUUCAAGAUAAUCUUCGUCGUGCUAAUGAGUUUAGAAACAGGAAGGACAACAACCCACUGGCCAAGUUCAUUCCAAUCAUGACCCAACUUAUUGAUUCCUUAGAAGAUUCCACUUUGAGAAAAUCCUUCUCAUCAAUGGAUUUAUUUCGUUAUUCACAAAUUUUAAGUUUUUCAAUCUUUCAUAAUAGAACCAGUAGAUUAUCCGGAACGAAAAAUAGAGAUAGUGAUCAAUAUAAUAGUGAAAAUUUGAACGAUGAAGUUUUAUUAAAAGCCGGGGUUUUAAAAUUUGCUGACUAUAUUUUAAAUGGAGAAUUUAAUUCGAUUUUACAAGCACGUACUUUACAAUUUGCCUUUUAUGCUUUAUCUCAGUUACGUGUUUAUCCAGAAAUGACCAACUUAUGGGAACAAGGUGCUUUAGAUAAAAAUGUUGGUAACUUAUACUUGGAACCAAGAAUUUUGGCAAUCAUUUUACCAGUUGCUUAUGACUCGGGUCGUUUCACUUAUGAAGAAGUUUUAGAAAUAUACUCUCAAUGUGCUAAUUCAAGACGUUACGUUGGUCAUGAAUUAUUAUCGUCAAUUGGUAAAAUCGCCAUCACCGCCGGAGAUUACUCAAAAGGUUUAGAUGCUUUAGAAGCUUUAUUGAAGCUAUAUGAACAGAAAAAUAAUGACACUGUUAAGAUUUUGGGUGCCUUAAGUGAUUUACACUUAUGCUUCAUUGGUUCUUGUAAAGAUAUUAAAAUUGCAAAACAUUUCUUUGAUAAAGUUGUUUCUCAUGAUUUACCUUAUAGAGUUCGUUUGAAAGUUCCUCACGUUGAAUCUUUAUUGAAGAAUUGUUAUGAUUUAAGUGAACCAAUUGAUAAUAUCUUGUAUUUUUGGAGUUCUACUAUUGCUCAUUAUAAUACUGAAAAGAACAGUCAUGUUUUAAAUUCUCGUUAUUCAAUUUUGAACAAUACUUUAUUCACGAUUUUUUUCAAGACUUAUCCAACUUUAAACGCAGAAUCUUUUGAAAAAUUGAAAUACAUUAUUUCCAUUUAUGCUGAUAUUAAACCAGUUGAUGAAUUUUUCUUAAAUACAAUCAUUAGUAAUUAUUCUUGGGGUGAAAAAAUUGUUUUGGAACAAUUAAUUCAAAAUUAUUCAAUUUAUAACGUUGAACGUACUCCAGUCUCUUACCGGAUUUCUUUGAAAAAAACUGGUGAAAUUAAUGAUUAUACCGAAGAAGAGAUUUUACAUAAGUGGAAUCAAAGUUUGGCCCAUUUAGACCAAUCUGGUUUCACUUAUAUUCCAAUUGCUGAUUGGGCUGCUUUGCGUGAUGCUACCAUCUUGAGUCAAUACUCAAAUGACCGUAAGGAUUUCUAUCUUAACGUUCUUAAUGCUUAUAAAGAUUACAUUCAAGAUUCAAGAACAUUAACCAGAUUUUUAACUCAUUGGUCUAAGAAAAUUGAACAUUUCGACAGCAUCAAGAGAUUGAGCAUUGAAGAAAAUCCUCAUUUCAAUUCAAACGUUCAAAUAACUGUUCCUCAAUUUGUUAAUUUAAGAAGAAACAUUGAUUUCAAAAAAGACUCUCGUCCUUUCAUGGAUAUUUGA